CAAGUAGUAAUCUGAAAAAAAACAGUCGCUUCCUCACGCAAAACGAUUAUGAUUUAAUCUUUUUUUUCUUAGCAAGAGCAUUUUACUUCUCUAGGCAUGAACUUCUGAGCACCACCUUCAUUUCUCUAUCUAGAGAAUGGCAACUGUGUAUUUGUGUAAUUUAGCUGUCGGGAAAUCCGAAAAUUAACUUUUCUCUUGCCAUUUUCGUUUGUCACAGGAUGGACGGCUACGGGGUCCCUGCUUCGGGACCUAGCACGCUCCGACAGAUUGAUGACGUUCCAUCUGAAUCAGAAGACGAAGAGGGGAUUGGUUUUCCUGCAGGAGGCGCGGUCGCCGAGUCUGAUUCGGACGAGGAAGAUCAGAUCCAGGUCAAUGGAAAAGCACCCUCAAUCGGGUCAAGGUGCAGCGUGAAGAAGUUGCACGACCUGAUUUCCUCAUUUGAUGAGGAGAAACGACAGUAUGUAGCCGAGAUGGAGUUUGGGGGGCUGCUAGAGCUACCAAAGAUAACAAGGACGGAUAGGCAUUUCUUGAUGUCUAUCCUAAGCCACAUCGAUGAGGAGGCAAGUUCAAUUACAAUUGAUCACAAACGCGACAUGCAAUUUUUCGAUGAAGAUGUCAAACUGGUCAUCGGCAUACCAUGUGGAACUGCUCCUGUUCGCCCUCCAGACCACGCUGUUCCGGAGGCAGUGGUGACACAGAUAAGAGAGAUGUUUGGAAUUGGUCCAGGAGAGCACAGCAUACUGCCAAUCGUUGAAGCUGUGAAGCAGACAUACGGGCGUCCUAUGACGACACACGAGAAGAACAGGUUCAAAGUGGGGCUGGUCAUAUGCGCAUGCACAUACCUCCUCGCUCCAACAAUGAAGAACGACUACUUCUGUACUGAUUAUUGGGGCGCGCUGGCAACGGCAGAGCUCAUACAUAUGCACAACUGGUGCCGAUAUACAAGGGAAGAGCUGUUAGUUGCGGCGAAGAGGGUGAAGGCAGACCUUCUAGGAGGGCGUCUGAAGUCUAAUCUAUCAGGUUGCCUCCCAUUUGUACAGGUGUUCUAUAUUGACAAUCUUGACGUUGGAGAGCAGAACAUCGACCACACCGCGCGCCCAAGAGUGAAGGCGUACAGCUACGCAGCUAUCAGAUCAAUAAUUGAAAAGGACAUCAAGUCGCGCAAGGGAGAUUACCCAGUCAUCUAUGGCAGACUCCUGCCAAGACCAGCAGCAGAUGUCUGUUAUCACAGAAACCCUAUAACAAGGCAACGGGCAGCAAGCACAUCAGCCGGUCGUGACUCUCGAAGCUCUGUUCCAUCAAAUCGUGGUUCGUUAGACAUUAAGGAGGCUUCUUACCUCGUCUUAGACAAAAUAUCAAAGUUCACAGCCCGUUGUGAGGAGGUUCUAAUUUCCACUGCAAGGAAGAAAGAAGAGGAGAACCACCGUCAUUUCAGUGCACUAAAUACCUUGGAAAACUCUGCCCAACAAAAAAUAAAGAAGGAGGCAAAAAGAAUGAGGGAUGAAUUCUUUUCGUUCUUCAAAAACUUCGAGAGGCAACAUGCUGCGAUAAGGAUGCGAAGGGGUGCAUCAGGUGUCGAUGUUGAUUCUGGUAAUUGCCGCAACGCAUCCCCAAUACCAGAUCUCGCUGUGUCAACGCCUUGCAAUGCCAAACCAACACCUCCAGCGAGCGGCGGGUGUCAGGGCAACACAAACUCAUCACCGGACGUUGUCGAGGUGACUCCUAGGCGGUUCAAAAGGAUAGCAAAGAAACCGAAGAAGGUAACAUUUGAGUGCGGGCCAUCAGGCGUCAUGGACAUCACAGACAGCGAAGAUAAUGUGAAUGAUUGUUUAUCACACCCUACAGCAAUACGUUCAACUUCUGCCCUGGAAGAUGGCAACCCGGAAGACAGCUCGCCUGUCGUCAACAUCGCACUAGACAGCUUGAUAAGAGAAGCAGAGAGGUACAGCAGGUCAGGCAAGCAGAUUGUUGACGGUUCCACUGCAACCAGGGAUUCCAUCCUGGAACUUGCAAGUAGAGGUCAAUCAUCUGGCGCAAAAGAUGUCGAGGAUGGUGCAGCAACAUACUCUGUUUGUUGUGCUCAAGACCCCAACUUCGACAACAGGCGUCAAUGGAACUACCCGUCUGGACACCCACUUAUCGAGGAGACGCCGUCAUUUGACCUGGGCGUCUUCACACCUCCUUGCAAUAAAGCAAAAGAACCUACCUCGUUGAGCAUUGGUUCCAUAAAGGGCAUCACGCGGAAAGACCUGUUCGGCGCUGGUGAAUUCUCCACUAAAACUCCUGGGUCUGCAGACCAGGUGACACCAUCAACCCCCUUUCACAUAGGGAGCGCAACUAUACAUCCCACACAAGAACACCGUGUGGUGGCACACGUGUCACCGGUUAGUUGCACUAGGUCUGUAGCCACUGGCCUUUUGGACUUCAGAGAGGAAGUAGAGGCAGACUGUGUAAACCUGAACAAACCGGUUGAGGAAAUAUCACUACCCGCACCACCACCCAAAAGGAGAGUUGCCCCUGGGCCUGCCGGCCGAUCGCCGUUUGUCAUGCAAUAUCGUUUGUCCGAGAGGGCUUCAGGAGAUGCAACACAUUUGUAUCUAAAAUUCUCCCAGAUGGACGGAGCAGUGCUAAGCAACAACUGGGUUGUUAGUCCAUUUCCAAGCUACAUAGAGCUGACGGGCAUCGUACUCAAAAGACAGUUGAGCGUGGGAGGUUUCAUAGAGAUAGACUUGAUGAAUGUUUUUAUGCGGAGGUUCCAGCAGCUAGAGAAUGCUUGGGCCAGAAAAUAUGGCGACUCACCAUGGAGGCAUUACUUGGAACCAGACUUCAUGAGCCACGUAUUGCGAGGCGGAGGAUUCAUCCAUAAUGACUAUGUAAGGAACAUUUUUGUUGGGCAUCACAUCUCGCAUGAUGUCAACAGAUGCCCUAUGAUGGUCUUGCCAGUGCAUCAUGCGCACGCUUGGUCAACAUAUAUAUUCGACUUCCCGAGGAGGAGGACAACCAUUUUAGAUCCUAUGAUCAACAACGGGGACAGACCAGCAGAUGAAUUGCGCAACGAACACAUAAAAAUAGCAGAUGAGCUACGCGGGGCGCUAAUGGAAUGCAUAGCUGAAUACUUCGAUGGUUGGACACCCAAGACCAAAGGAUGGCAGAACUGGUUCCCAAAACUCACAACUGGACCUUGGGUCUGCAGCAGGGCUUCUAGCGGGGUCAUGGCGCUACACUAUGCUAGGCAGUGGAUGGGGACGAAGCUACAGAGGACUUUAUCGCCGAUGGGGGAUGAGAUCGACCAAUCUAGGAUGAUUCUUUUUUAUGAAGUAUUGGGAUUAGCCGGCAAUAUCGGGCAGCUCCCAACAAAAUUCAAGAUUUGCCAGAAUGUUUGCUGAGAGGCGCACACGGAAGCUUCGCAGGAUUGUCGCUUCCAGCAUCAUCAGAACAUCUACGAAGACUUGUGAGGCGUGUCGCAACGAUUAGAACUUAACAAAAAUAAUUGCCAGAUAUUAGUAGUUUUCCUUCUGAAACUUUAUCGCAAGGUUAUGUAAUAAGAAUCUGAUGAUUUCCCCUUCUACAUGCUUAGAAUCCGGUUUCUUAGAUCUAACCUGUAUUUUCAAAUUUGCUAAGCCCCGGGGGCACUCUGAAAAAUGAUUAAUUUUCUGAAGGAGCCCGCCCAUGCA